GCGUGAACGUCCGUGAACAGAGAACAGAAGCUAGCCAUGGAGAUAAAGUUACUCCUCCUUAAACUACUCACUCUUUUAGCUCUUUUAGGUGCUGUUACCUCCUCAUCGUUUUCAGAUAAUUAUCUGGUCGAUGCAUCCAAGUUGGAGAUGUUUGUGGAUGAACUUCCUGAUAUGCCCAGAAUCCUAGGCUACCAGGUUUUGAAUGGCGUCCCCAAAUCUAAGUCUCUCAAUAUUGGCAUGUUCAAGAAGAAAUGGAAAUUCCACAGGGACCUACCCCCAACAACUGUUUAUGCUUACGGAUUAACGAGUCACACGGCAACAGUUCCUGGUCCAACCAUUGAGGCCGUUUAUGGUGUUGACACUUAUGUGACGUGGCAGAAUCACCUCCCUCCAAAGCACAUACUUCCGUGGGACCCAACUAUCCCCACUGCAUUGACCAACACCACGAGGGGUGUCCCCACAGUGGUUCAUCUCCACGGUGGGAUUCACGAGCCCGAGAGUGAUGGAAACCCAAAUUCAUGGUUCACCGCUAAAUACAAAAAGAAGGGACCCACUUGGACAAAGAAGACAUAUCACUAUGUAAAUAAUCAACAACCAGGGAAUCUUUGGUACCACGACCAUGCUAUGGGUUUGACUAGAGUCAAUCUUCUUGCUGGCUUGAUUGGGGCCUACAUCAUUCGCCACCCUUCGAUCGAGGGCCCACUUGGACUACCGCACGGUGAUGAACUCGAUCGACCGUUGAUCGUGUUUGAUCGUAGCUUUCGCACGGAUGGUUCGAUCUACAUGAAUUCCACUGGAAACAAUCCUUCCAUACACCCACAGUGGCAGCCCGAGUAUUUUGGUGAUGCUAUCAUUGUGAACGGCAAAGCAUGGCCACGCCUCACAGUACGACGUCGUAGGUAUAGAUUUCGCAUAAUCAAUGCCAGCAAUGCUAGAUUCUUUAGGUUUUUCUUCACCAAUGGCUUAAGAUUCGUACACGUGGCAGCAGAUUCUGCUUACAUUGAAAAGCCUGUCAUGACCAAUGAAACUCUGGUGGGGCCAUCUGAGAUCACAGUCAUCAUUGUUGACUUCUCUGAGUCAAGGAGCAACGUUGCUAUUCUAGCUAACGAUGCAGCGUAUCCUUACCCAUCUGGUGACCCUGUCAAUGAGGCUAACAGCAAGGUUAUGAAAUUCUUAAUCCUACCUGAUCGAGAAGUUGACACGUCACGGAUCCCUAAAAGGUUGAUAGGAUACCCUAUUGCAGAUUUAUCCAGUGUAUCGCAAACACGAUACAUUGCCAUGUAUGAGUACACGAGCGACGCUGAUGAGCCAACCCACUUGUAUCUAAAUGGUAAACCGUAUGAAGCACCGACUACAGAAACGCCGAAGGAGGGGUCCACAGAAGUGUGGUAUGUGAUCAACUUGACGGAUGAUAAUCACCCGCUUCACAUUCAUUUGGGUUUGUUCAAGGUAUUGGAUCAGAUAGAGCUGGUGAAAACAGAUAAAUUCAAGGAAUGCAUGAUGAAACUUAACGAUGCAAUCAAGUGCCACGUGGACAAAUAUGCACGUGGCAAUAAAAUAGAGGUGCCAGAUCAUGAGAAAGGGUGGAAGAAUGUGUUCAAGGUAAGACCCGGGUGUGUGACGAAGAUUGUGGUGAGGUUUUCUUACAUACACACCAAUGCAUCGUAUGGAUUUGAUGCAACCGCAAAGCCUGGCUACGUGUAUCAUUGCCAUAUAUUGGAUCAUGAAGACAAUGCUAUGAUGAGACCCUUGAAAGUCAUCAAGUGAGGUUUCUCAAGGACAGCAAAGAAUGGUGACAUAUGCAAUAAUAUAUAUAUUGCUUUAUUCUGAGCUCUGUUGUUUUUCUAAACCUCAAAUUCCUAAUGAGGUAAAAUUAGAUUAUAGAAAAUUUAGCUAAUGAAAAAUAAGAUUUUAUAACUCAAUUAAUAUUGGUUUACUAACAUUUCAAAACAACUGUAACAGAGAUUAACGGAAGCAUGGAUUUAUAUUUUUUUUUUUUCAUAUUCCUUAACUAUACUGCUUGUUUUUUAUGCUUUAUUAAUCCUAUAAUGAAUGCAGGGACACGUGAGUUGAAUUUGUAUUGGAGGAAAAUGAUAUACGUGAUGAGGAAGGUAGUUAUGUUUUCACUUUCUUGGAGGGCACUUCAGAUGUUAGACAGUUCUUCGGUAAUUCAUAAAGAAAAAAAAAAUAAGUAGAUGUAGAUGCAACAAUAAUUUAUAAUUUGCCAAAAACUGUAUAUUUUCUUUUUCAUAAACAAUAUCAAAGAAAAACAUUUGAUUUGUUUCGUUGCCUUAUUUGAACGAAUUGUGCCGCCUUUAUUAUACUGGCGGAGACUAUUGAACCAAAGGCUUGAACAUGUUAUAUAGUUUAACUGAUAAUACAGAUAGUUCUUUGGCUGAUAA